CCCCCGGGCACCCACCAUACGCCCUUGCUCGCUAAACCGCAUGCGGAAGCCACCCACAGGCCAUGUAAGUAAAUUUAUUCCGCCUCACAACAACGCCUCUCCUUUCCUCUUCUCUUCUCUCCACCAAACCUUCAUCACAAGAACUAAACCAAACACUCUACUUUCAACUUCACCUGUAUUCGGGCACUUAGCUUCCCAAAAACAACUCCCUCUCGUCAAUCGUCCCUCCAGCUCAGGCGGCCUUACGACAAGUUUCAACCUCUUAAUCUUUACAAACUUUCCAAGGCAGACAGCAGUCUACCCAGGACCCCACAAGUUUCCUCAACUUUCUGCACGGUACCCAGACACUCCUUUCUCGAGUGUCUUCAUCUUCUUUGCACACCUCGUGUCAUCAAAAUCAAAACUUUCAAAAUGUCCGCCACUGUCGACAGCAUCACCGCCCAGACGGCAAGCACUACCCUCAACGACACCACUCCAGCUCCCGCUGAAAAGCCUGCGGCCGAAAAUGAAGCCGUCAUCGCUAGCGCUGCUGAGGGUAGGAGACUUUAUAUCGGGAACCUCGCGUACGCGACCACUGAGGGGGAGUUGAAGGAGUUCUUCAAGGAAUUCUUGGUCGAGUCCACCUCUAUUCCCACAAACCCACGCACCAACCGGCCUGUUGGCUACGCUUUUGUUGACCUCUCCACUCCAUCCGAGGCCGAGCGUGCCAUCUCUGAGCUCAACGGCAAGGCCAUCCUUGAACGCAAGGUGUCUAUUCAGUUGGCGCGCAAACCUGAGGCUCACACUGAGGGCGCUGAGGGUACCAACGGAACCAAGGCUCGCAAGGACUCAAAGAAGGAGAAGCCCCGCCGCAGCAAGAGUGCCGCAGCAAAGGAUGGCGCUGCCCCCACUGAGACCGCACCUACAAAUGAUGGCGCUGAGGGCACCACUACUGUGAACCCAAAGGCGGCCAAGACUCCAGUUCCCCGCAAGCAGCGCGGCCCUCCUGAGGACGGUGUUCCGUCCAAGACGAAGGUCAUGGUUGCCAAUCUGCCUUACGAUCUCACCGAGGAGAAGGAAAUCUUCAUCGACUACCAACCCUCUUCGGCCAAGAUCGCCCUUCGUCCCAUUCCCCGUUUCAUGGUGAAGAAGCUUCAAGCCCGCAAUGAGCCCCGCAAGGGUCGUGGUUUCGGUUUCGUUACUCUUGCAUCUGAGGAGUUGCAGCAAAAGGCUUGUGCUGAGAUGAAUGGAAAGGAGAUUGAGGGCCGCGAGAUUGCCGUCAAGGUUGCUAUCGAUUCUCCAGGAAAGGAAGACGACCCUGAGGCCUCCAUCGAGGCCACUGGUGAGGAAGCCCCUUCUACCGCUGAGGCAUCUGGUAGCGUCGAGGCCCCGACCGCCACUGCAUAAAUCGCUCCGGUGACACGAUGAAGAGGCAAAGAAAGCCCG